AUGUCUACGGAGGGCACCCUGCCCAACUACAACAUACUCGUGGCCCGAAUCUUCUCAGCUGGAAUGCUUCAACGCGCUCGUAGAGAUUGGUAUCCCAGUCUGAACCGUUUACGGACCAGACGACUUCGCAUUGGUAGCGGCGAGGUACCUGAGCUCGACACUCUCGAGAAGGCUUGGGUUGCGUUUGGUAGAGGGCUCGGACUCGACGCUGACAAGCAGCGCGCACGGCAUGAGAAGGAGGCGCGCGGACGUGGUGCGUGGCGGAAAUGCAAAUACCAUCACAAGAAGUCGGACGAGGUCGCGCUCUUUGCAUGCAAAGGUUGCGGAGAGGUUCGAUACUGCGGUCGGGAGUGCCAGAAGAGUGACUGGUCGAAAGGCGGGCACAAGGCUCAAUGCAAGAGGUUGAAAUGA